GAGGAAGUGACCCAGUGGUUGAACUUCGGUUCAUUUCUAACGUUUUACAGUAAGUCUCAGUUAAGGGACACACAGGUGAGGAGACAGGUGAGGACACAGACAAGGACACAGGUGAGGACACACAGGUGAGGACACACAGUGACACCAUGGCAACAGAGGGCGAGCCAAGCGACCUGAUCAAAGUGCUGCACCUCCUCCUGCUCUCCUUCUCCUGGGGCAUGCAGGUGUGGGUCACCUUCAUCGCAGGUUUUACGUUGGUGCGGCAGGUAACGCUGCACACCUUCGGCCUGGUGCAGAGCAAACUGUUCCCUGUGUACUUCCACUUCCUGCUGGGGAGCAGCUUCCUCAGCCUGGCUGUGUACGCCGUGUACCACCCCAGAGAGCUGCUGGACUGGCACGACACUCUGCAGAUGGUUCUGUUCUUUGUGGUGCCUAUCACGGCGGGUCUGAACGCCCGCUGGUUCGGUCCGAAGGUCACAGAGAGCAUGUUCCAGCUGAGGCAGGUGGAGACGGAGCACGGCCUGGGGAACCAGAUCGGCCGGGGCAGCCUGAGAGCAGCGUACGCCAAACUCGAAGAGCAGGACCCCAAGUACAGAGCGUACAGGAGCACGUUCCGCCGCUACCACGGGUUGUCCGGCCUCUGCGCCCUGAUAGGGUUCCUCUGCACCACAGUUAAUUUGAUCUACACAGCUCUGGAGUUAUCCACCAUUUAGAGGAAAAAGCAGAUUUCAGCAUGUGAAAAUUAUCUUUUUUCUGCAGUCAUCAGAGUAUUUUUCAUAUGAUAAAGCAAACAUGAUGUGUGAGGAAUCAGGAAGGAAAGUAUUGUAAAGACAAAAUGACAAAAUGUGGCCCACAAAUAAACUUGUAACAUUUCUUUACCUUAAUUAUCUUGAAUUGUGCACAACUGUCGAAACCCCAGCAUUUGCCCCAAGUGACCUCAUGAGUGAGGAGGCCUUUUUAAUUACAAUUUACUUCUGUUCGUCAGUAUCUAAUUAAUCCUGUCUCAUAAAAUAGGAUGUACUUCUGCAUUCAUAUAUAAUUUUUCUUUUUAAUGUUUGACUCUAUGACUCGAGAUCUAACUUCUAAUCAACACCUCUCGUGCAGGAUGGGGAGUGUUCUUGCAUCCCCACCAGGGGGUGGUGUUUACACUCAGGAACUUUACUAACUUCAUGUCACUUGUUAAAUCCUGUGUUUCAUGACGCUGCAGUGGAAAUGUGUUUUUGUAAAUUUGUCACUGUGAUUGUGAGAUUAAACACAUGCUCUGUUUUAUUCUGCA